AGAAACCAAACCAGAAUCUCUGACUUCUUCCUUGUGGGCUUCUCUGAGCAGCUGGAGCAUCGAUCUCUCCUGUUUGGGCUCUUCCUGGGCAUGUACCUGGUCACCAUGUUGGGGAACCUUCUCAUCAUCUUGGCCAUCAGUUCUGACCCUCAUCUCCACACUCCCAGGUACUUCUUCUUGGCCAACCUGUCCUUCAUUGAUACUUGCUUCACCUGCACCAUUGUCCCCAAGGUGCUAGUGAACAUCCAGACACAGCAUUACACCAUCUCCUACACUGGAUGCCUGAUGCAGAUGUACUUCUUCAUGGCAUUUGCCCUGCUGGAUGACUUUCUGUUGGCCGUGAUGGCAUAUGACCACUACGUGGCCAUCUGCCUUCCUCUCCACUACACCACGAUCAUGCGACCACAAUGCUGCCUCCUGCUGGUAGCUACAUCCUGGCUCUGCUCUCACUUCCUGGCCUUCUCACUUAUUCUCCUGAUGUCUCGGUUCUCCUUCUGUGCCUCCCAUUCCAUCUCACACUUUUUCUGUGAUCUUCUCCCGCUCCUCAAGCUUGCCUGUUCUGACACCCAUAUCUUUCAGGUUAUGAUGUUCAUUGAAGCAGCCCUCUCAGGUGUGGUGCCUCUUACCUGUGUUCUGACAUCGUAUGUCCACAUCAUCCACACCAUCUUCAGGGUUCCCUCUGCUGGGGGGAAGCAAAAAGUCUUCUCUACCUGUGGCCCUCAUUCCCUCUUCUAUGCAACCGUCUUUCUGGUCUAUUUUCAGCCAUCAUCCUCCUACUCACCAAAUACUGGAAUAGUGGCAUCUGUGAUAUACACGAUGGUCACCCCCAUGUUGAAUCCCUUUAUCUACAGCCUGAGGAACAAGGACAUGAAGAGAGCUUUAUGGAGACUCUUUGGCUGUGGAAAAUGCUCUACUCCAUAA